AUGUGGCGUCUCGAUCGGUUCGCCUCGGCCGCUGGCUGCGUCGCAGUUAGCGCCGGCUACGCGCUCGGCGCCUGGAAGCGCCCGGUGGCGGCGCAGUCGUCAGACCUCCGCGACCUCGAGUUUGGUGUGCCCCACCACCGCAAGCGCGUGGACCCGUUCUCGCCCUUCUUCCCGUCCGACAAGCACCCGUGCACGCACGCAGGCAUGUUCAUCCCGGGCUGCCACGAGCUCAAGAUCUUCUCCGGCUCGUCCAACUUUGAGCUCGCGGACGACAUUGCGCGCCGCCUUGGCACGCGCGUCGCGCGCCUAAAGCUCGGCCGCUUUGCCGACGGCGAAGUGCAGUGCCAGAUUGAAGAGUCGGUGCGCGGCAAGGACGUGUACUUGGUGCAGUCGCUCGCGCAGCCUGUCAAUGACAAUGUGAUUGAGCUCUUGCUCAUGGUGAGCACGAUGCGUCGCGCGAGCGCCAAGAAGGUGACUGCCGUCAUUCCGUACUACGCCUACAAGCACCAUCGCCGCGGUAGCCCGAGCGCAACGAGCUUGAACUCCAAGUUUGUGCACAGCCCGGCCCAGGACAUUGCCAAGAUGCUCGAAGUCAUGGGCGUCGACCGCGUCAUCGCCGUCGACCUCCAGCUGCGCGGCCAGGGCCACGAAGCCAGCUUCUUCAACACGCACAUUCCGGUUGAGACGCUGGAUACGGUCAUGGCCGGCGUCGAGUACUUUGCGACGCAGGUGUUCUUCAAGGGCCCGAUCGUUGUCUUGGCGCCCAACCCCGAGUGCGUCAAGAAGGCGCGCGUCUUCCAGCGCGGCCUCAAGAAGUGGCUUCCGGACAUUCCGAUCACGUUUGCGAGCUGCAUUCGCGGCGGCGUCGACGGCGACAAGCCCGAAGAGAUCCAGCUUGUGGGCGACGUCAAGGGCGCCGAGGUCAUCGUCGUCGACGACAUGGUCGACACGAGUGGCACGCUGUGCAAGCUCGCAGCGAUCGUCAAGGAGCAGGGCGCCCGGCGGUCGUUCUGCCUCGCGUCGCACCCGCUCAUGACGGGCAACGCGGAAGAAGACAUUGAAAAGUCGGCGGUCACCGAGGUCGUCGUCAUGGACACGAUCCCGAUGGACCCGAAGCGCUUCCACUCGGACAAGGUCAAGCGCCUGUCCGUGGCCCCGAUGCUUGCGGAGCUUAUCCAGGCCGAGCACUUCAAGCCCCACUCGUACAUUGACAAGUCCAACUCGAAGGAAGACUACAAGUACUCGUACAUCUCGACCUAA